CUCCCGAGAAUUAGCUUGGCAGAAGAAAAACCAGACACAAAGGAUCACACUUUCAUCACAAGAAAUGGGUUGCUAAAGACAGCUAUUUACUUUUUCUUCGACAACCCCCAGUAUUUGAAGGAUGAAUCUUCGACUGAUUUUCUUCACGGUGUCCUAUCUGAGAUAGGAGAGGAACCGACUGCAGGUAAAGAUGCUAUGAACACCAUCUCUUCGCAAAUCAAGUUCAUCAAUGCCAUCAACGCGAUUCAGAGCGCUAACGCAGUAAUGGAUUCAUUUAACAGGAAGGCAGAGGAACACUUUGAUGGCGAGCAGUUCCAACAAGGCGCAAAGCGCCUCAUCCGAUUGCGCCAAGAGCUGAUAACGUCCCUUUUGAAGGGUGAUAAGCUAAAACAUGCUAGAAACUUGGCAGGUUCCGCGCUGCACACUUUACAAGAUUUCUACAGCCGCUCAAACUGGAUAGAACAUGUUAAUUCGGUUCCAUUAAAUAUUUUGGGUCAACCUGGAAGCGAGAUUUCGGAAGAAUUUCUUGCAGGACCGAACGAAGCGACAUGCAGAGGCUGUCUCUCAGACCAAGGCAGAAAUGAUAAAUGUGCGACAAAUCUGAUCACAGGAAAACUUACAAGCGGAUAUCGGUCAGGACAAGACGAAAAGAAACCGAUAAACAAAGAAAAGUGUAGUCAUGGUGGAAAGACAGAUGACAGUCGUUUUCUGUCUGCGACAGGUGGAAUUAACAAAGAUUCUACGUCGAUAGAGGAAUCACCCCAUGCAAGGUAUGAGACCUUUUAUAGAGAAAUAAAUAAAUACCAUUUACUAUCAAUUGCGUUCUGUAGUUCCUGUAGUACAAUCGCAUAA